AGCCAGACAAGAUAGUCAGGCCGUGUCAUGCGCAGAGCAGACGUGGAACAGUCUAUCGAGGGCCAAAAAGCGAGGAUGUUCGGUUGUUGUGAACAUCAGCAGUUCAGUGCCGCAGUGACAAUCCAACUUCACUGUCCAUGUCACAGAUGCCGCGACUGUGUGCCCUAACAUCACUAUAUCAGGCCGCAUACAGAGAAGGGAGAAAGGAUACAGGUGCCAGAUGUCAUCUAUCGGGCAGUCAGUCUCAACCAGCCGCGUAUCACCAGCAACAGGUCCUUCUUCGAGGCCGAAAACCUCGUACACAGAGCACGACGUGGCAGCCGGUUUCCUCAUCACAGGGCCAUCAAGCUGAUAAUUGUUGGCAUAAUGGGCCAGAGGAAAGAUGUUCGCAGCCGGUAAAGCACCCAGCGACGGAAGAUGAAACCACGGGAGAAAGCAGCUAUGGACGGGAUGUUGUGUGCACCUCACUGUCGCUGGCUCCUUCAUCGGCAACUCGUCAACGACACCAGAUUGGACUUCAAAUGAGAACCUUCAUCUCUCGCACGACGCAACGGAUCAACCAUCACAGACCUCUAUAACCGGCUCGCCAGAGAGGGGUAUCUGACCCGCAAGGUUCAAGGACUAACUAGUUAUCUUAUCGAUGUGGUGGAAUUCACUUUAUCACUGUGAUAUUGGACCUUUUUACGAUGACAGUGGCUGCAGGACGGGCGGGAUACAGUUACCAUCCUCGCUUGGAAUAUCUGGACAAACAUCUUGGAAGCCCUCGCAGAAGGCUUGAUCCUCUCUCCCAGCCCUCGAGCCAGCCAAUCAAAGGUACACGCAAGCAUUGUUGGGUUGGUGUGCAGCGUGCCCAUCACAUCAUCCUGCUACUUAGCUGCAUAUGCAGGCGAUGGCACCAGAAACCUGCCGU